AUUCCAUUUCGUCGCAGGUCGUGCGCUCGAAAAACUCAACACAAAUUCAUUAUUUCGAAACAGAUCUCUUUUAAGCUUCAAAGAUCAAAACUUUAUCCGGAGAAAGAGAAUAUGAACACGAAUCACAUUCAAUCUCUGAAUCUUCUCUAAGGGAUUUGUUUUGUCUCUCUAUCUGGUCUUGAUUCUGCGGAGAGAAAUCGAUAGAAAAUGUCUAGUUACGUUGGUGUUCUUGUCUCUGAUCCAUGGUUACAAAGCCAAUUUACACAAGUGGAAUUGCGUACCCUUAAAUCUAAGUUUGUUUCGAACAAAACUCAAUUAGAGCGUUUCACUGUCGGAGAUUUACCACCUGUGUUCUCCAAGUUGAAAGCUUUUAACGGUACCAUUGAUGAGGAUGAGAUCAAAUCUGUAUUGGACAAGUCUUAUUCCAAUGCUGAUGAUGAAGUCGAUUUUGAGACCUUUCUUCGGGCCUUUUUAAGUGUGCAAGCCCGAGGAGUUGAAAAAACAGGAGGAUCUAAAGGUUCUUCUUCAUUCCUCAAAACCAGUACUACAACGGUUCAUCAUGCCAUCAAUGAAUCCGAGAAGGCUUCCUAUGUUUCCCAUAUCAAUAAUUACUUGAGAGAUGAUCCUUUCUUGAAGAGCUAUCUUCCUAUUGAUCCCGCAACAAAUGCUUUCUUUGAUCUUGUUAAAGAUGGUGUUCUUUUGUGUAAGCUUAUAAAUGUUGCUGUUCCUGGGACCAUCGAUGAACGAGCUAUCAACACAAAGAAAACGCUUAACCCAUGGGAGAGGAAUGAGAACCUUACUUUAGGUCUCAAUUCUGCCAAAGCUAUUGGCUGCACAGUGGUCAACAUUGGAACACAGGACAUAGCUGAAGGAAGACCAUAUCUCGUACUUGGGUUGAUAUCUCAGAUUAUAAAGAUCCAAAUGUUGGCUGAUCUCAAUUUUAAGAAAACGCCUUCGCUUUUUCAAUUGGUAGACGACACUCAGGAUGCGGAGGAGCUCAUGGGACUGGCUCCCGAAAAAGUUUUGCUAAAAUGGAUGAAUUUCCAUCUAAAGAAAGCUGGUUAUGAAAAGCAGGUUACAAAUUUUUCUUCUGAUGUGAAGGACGGUGAGGCAUAUGCAUAUCUGCUUAAUGCCCUUGCUCCAGAACACAGUACACAUGUGGCAUUGGAGACCAAAGACCCCACAGAAAGAGCGAAAAAGGUUCUUGAGCAGGCUGAGAAGCUGGAUUGUAAACGAUACCUUUCUCCUAAAGACAUAGUGGACGGCUCAGCAAAUCUUAACCUUGCAUUUGUGGCGCAAAUAUUUCAGCACAGGAAUGGAUUGACUGUUGACGAUUCAAAGACAUCAUUUGCUGAGAUGAUGACAGAUGAUGUGGAAACUUCACGAGAAGAGAGAUGUUUCCGCCUCUGGAUUAACAGUCUUGGCACAGCCACUUAUGUCAAUAAUGUUUUUGAGGAUCUAAGGAAUGGGUGGGUUCUUCUUGAAGUUCUCGACAAAGUUUCACCUGGCUCGGUCAACUGGAAACACGCAAAUAAACCUCCCAUAAAAAUGCCAUUCAAAAAGGUUGAGAACUGCAAUGAAGUUAUAAAGAUUGGGAAGGAACUGCGUUUUUCCCUUGUCAAUGUAGCUGGGAAUGACAUUGUGCAAGGAAAUAAGAAACUUCUUCUCGCUUUUUUGUGGCAACUAAUGAGAUAUACAAUGCUCCAACUUCUGAGGAACUUGAGAUCUCACUCGCAAGGUAAAGAAAUUACAGAUGUAGAUAUUCUUAACUGGGCGAAUAGGAAAGUGAAGAGAGGGGGCCGAACUAGUCAGGCUGAUAGCUUCAGGGACAAGAAUCUGUCAAGUGGAAUGUUCUUUCUGGAACUUCUUAGUGCGGUAGAGCCAAGAGUUGUCAACUGGAGCCUCGUUACCAAUGGAGAAACAGAGGAAGAUAAGAAGUUGAAUGCCACAUACAUCAUCAGUGUGGCAAGAAAGCUCGGAUGCUCCAUAUUCUUGUUGCCUGAGGAUAUCAUAGAGGUGAACCAGAAGAUGAUGCUUAUUUUGGCAGCCAGCAUCAUGUACUGGAGCCUCCAACAACAAUCAGACACAGAGUCUACUGUCUCAGAAGACGCCACUGAUGAUGGCGACGCAAACUCUGUUGCUGGUGAAAUCUCCAAUUUGUCCAUUGAUGGGGCUUCUGAGUCCAGUCCCACUGUCCAAGACCAAGAAUUGCUGACGAAGGCAGAGAAGGAUGAGGAUGAGGUUGAUGGUGAGAAUAAUAAAGAUGCAUAACGCGUUUGAAUUUGAUCAUUGUUUUUGGUUUAUUGCGUGAAGUUUUGAGCAUUGAAGUUUUGAUUGGCACAAAGGAAACCCAAAGAAAGAAAGAAGAACAAGGUUUGAUGUAUACAAACAAAGAGGGUUUUGGUAC